AUGUCCGAUUUUCUGAUCGAACGCCUGCAUGACGUUGCUAUUGGGCGUACCCGUGACCCCAAAGACAAGACCAAAAUCACUGCACUCGAGAAUUUAGUUGGUGGCUUGUCUUCCGAACAGCUGAGAGAGGUCCGAAAGGCUUAUGUGGAUCGCUACUUUGUCGACCCGGAACACCACUUGCGCAGCUUUGAUGUGUACCAGGAACUUCCACCUCUCAGACUCGACCCUGACCUUCUGAUUGACCUGCUCGGCAUUCUGAACAAAUCUGACAUUGACCACGAUGUCAGCUAUAUCGGACAACUCCUGGAGAAAGCUAGAAAGGGAACUUUGACGGAGCAGGAUCGUAGGGAGUACUACAGCUUGCUUCCACGCAUAGGCUUAUGGGACUCGCCUGCACGUAAGCCAUCCGAGAACCAGAAUGUUGAUUCAUACGAGCGACGCUUGCGUCUCAGGGCUUGGGGAAAGGCGUCAGAUGUGGGAUUCGAUGCGGCCCUCAAAGAGAUCGAAAGCGGAUUCCCCACGUCCACGAUCAAGCUUGAUACUUUCAGACAUAAAAAUAUUGCCGUCAUAGCCAGCUCACACGGUGCUCAGUGGCAGGAGCUUGUGGAUUGGGCACUUGGCAUGAUUGACGCGGGCUACACUCUACAGAUCUUCACCCCGUUUGGGCGGCCGCUCGCGAUACAGCGAGACAGUAUGUUAGUCCGCGAGCCGCCUACUGAGGCCGUUGCCGUCUCGUUGGGUCUUCCAGGGGUUGGACUAGGAGCUCCUCUUCGCUUGGACCCUCUCCGCUUGCCAAGACAAACACUUGACGCCCUGCUUGGAAAUGCCGUCGGGGCUGAUCGUUUUGACGCGAACCAAUUCGGGGCUGUGUACCUAGCAGGGGGGCUUGGAUUCAAUGAGGAUGUGGCUGUCACUUCACCAAAAAGUGCAGAUGAUGUUGCGCACGCGAAUAUUGUGGCGACCCCUCACAUUGCCCAAAUGAUGAGCAACGCAGUUCAGCAUCGUCUGCCAAUCAUCGCUCUGUGUCACGGCCCUACCCUUUUGGCCUGUCUGGAUAUCGAAAUUGACGGCAAACGUGAAAAAUUGGUUAAAGGCGUGGAGGUGGCAGCGCUUCCAGCCCUGGAGCCUAUGGUACAUGCACAAGGGAAGCUGGAACCACAAUUCAGCUUUUAUACUUGGAAGACCCAUGACAUCCUUGCUGAGGCUGGAGCUAUCGUGGAUGAGCAGACUGAUUUGCAGGAUAUGACAAUCGUCAAGACCGGCGUUCGAGAUGGCCUGUAUCUUGCUACAGGUCCUGGGCCCCAAACUGCGUUGAAUCUGAUCAACGCAACCAUAUAUGCCAUCAAUAAGCGUUGGAACAAUGUUUAG